GGUGUCCAACUGAGAGUAGUAUUAAUAGCUUCGAGCUCUAUGGUUUCAGACCAUCUCGAGAUGGCCUGAGCAAUGUAGUAACCGUCAGAUUGGUACGAGAAUAUCCAACUAUCAUCCAUCUCUGAGCCCAGACUACCUUACUCUUCUAUGGCUUCUGUACUUCAAUUCGUUCUCAAACGCGAGCUGGGAAUGGUGUCACACUUUUAACCGUGGGCAAACUCGACAGCCUUGAGAUUGUCUGAAGCUGGUAUAGGUUUGAUACAAUCAGCCGUGGAUUUCUUGUGACGAUUUGAUGAUUCUGGAGACAGCAAUACAGUGGAGACAGACUCUGAGGCAAUUGGUCUCCUAUUUGAACUGUAACCACCUCUGUAUCUCAUCCUUUUCUUCUAGACAGAAAAUGGACAGAAAUUAAUUGCACGAGGUAUGGACUAAAUGUGGGCAUCAUGAGUCCUGGAUGGAGACCUUGCGAGUUGCGAGAGAGAUCGCUAGAUGCUUUUUUCAAUUUUGAAGGUGCCCAUUGUCAAGUCCACACCAGCUUCCGGAGCAAUAAUGAUCGCUCAGCAUCGCUGCACUCGGAGUUGGUGUGAACGAAGUGGAAGAGACCCAUCAAAUCUACACGUCGCAGCAGUUUUGUAAAUUCCUUCUAAUGGCCUAUUGUGAUCAUUUUAGUACUCCAUGCCAGUCAGUCAAGGGAAAGAGGAUCCACGCACACUGAUCAAAAGAAAUGUCUAGAAAUAUAUAGCCAGGGCGUUUGACAACCACACGUUCCGACAAAAUCGGAGCAUGUGGUUGUCAAACGCAAGUAGUGGAGUGCAAGAACAGUCUUCAACGAUAAGGCUUUCUUCAAGCCACAGCACGUUAGCCUCAUUUCCCACUGUGCUUCACCUCGCCGUGGGUACUCACAUUCGUGGAGGCUUUUCGAAUAUUUCCCCUUUGCCUGAUCACGUUCGGCGCUGUAGAAGAUUUCGAUUGCUUCAGGCGAAGCAAACGAAUCUGUAUAGUAAGUUGCCCACGGGUAAAUUUGAGACCUCAAAGUCACCUGUGCAGUUCUCUUAAACUUGCAGUUACUCGAUCACACAGAUGUGCUUUGAAGCAUUCUAGAAGGUCCUAAUCGAUUUCCUCAUGACCACGAUAAGCACAUGUUGUGAGCAUCACCAAUUUGGCCGGCAGGCCCGUUGAGCUAAGAGUAGAGUGGUAAUGAAACUCCUACCGUAGUGGUUUUACUCCAUUCCUUGCUUCACCACUCGCCGCUGUUUUCUUCAGAUUUCGAUUAGAUAUCCUGCAUCUACCAGUACUUGUCAUGACAUUGCUGGAAUCUACCUCGAGUAUCUAAUUCAGAGUCUCUGUGCCACCUUUGCUAUCUAUGGGGAUCCAAGUAUGAGGACGGAGCAAUAUUUUAGGCUCUGACCACAACAUGCAAUCAUUACGUGAUUUGUUGAUUUUCUUUCUAAAAUAUUUAUUUCGUAGGCAUAUUUCUGGAAUCGAGCUUUUGCUACUACAAUGCUCUUCAUUUCCUUGCGUAGACUGCACGGGGGAGUCAAUCAGCCGAGUGCGUCAUUCUUGGACUUCCUUCUUCUCUAGACUCGAACACUGAACCGAUGGCUUGGUUCCAGAGGUUUUAUUAUUCUGUAAAUGUUAUUCGACGCAAAAUGUAAUACCGACAGCUGUAGGAUCGCGUGCUGUGCGGCUCCUUGAGAUGGAAGGAUACACCGGAAGUGGCCACAUAUAACCUUCGUCAGCACGACAUCUCAAGGUACAUGACCGUGAUAGAAAAUUCUGGAAUAGUGAGAAUCAUUUACAAAUCUAGAACGAUGUUUCGGAUCUGGGUAUAAUAUAUUCCACAAAGUCUGUUAAGAAUAGGAGUAAUCAUCAAAGAAAGAUCACAGCGAACACCACAUUAUCUUCACUAUAGUACCCGGGACCGUAUAGGUUGCGGGAAUAAUUGGCCUGCAGAUUCCUGAAAGAAUGUUGAAUGCAUUCCCAAGGGGGUUACCGAGUCAACGCAAAACUGAAUAAACAAUAAAAC